AUCAACCCAAUCUCUCUCACGCGACUCACCGAACCCGCGGACUCCACCAAAUAAAGCACAAACGGAAGCGCGCGGUCUCGAUCCACGCCGGCCGUUUCUUCGGGCUUCACACGUCCCGCGGACGAGGAGCGAAGCGAAGGCGAUGGCCACGACGAAGCGCCGCCUCCUGCUACGGCUGAUCUCGGUUUGCGCUUCCCUUGUGUGUCUAACCGUCGCGGUGACGACGGUGGCGGCGGCCCACGAGCUCCCGAGGGACGGCACCGUCAUCGAGCUCGACGAGGGAAACUUCGACUCCGCGAUCGCCUCCUUCGACCACAUCCUAGUCGAUUUCUACGCGCCGUGGUGCGGCCACUGCAAGCGGCUCGCCCCUGAGUUGGAUACAGCUGCUCCGGUGCUAGCUCAGCUGAGUGAACCCAUUAUGAUUGCUAAGGUUAAUGCUGACAAGUACAGAAAGCUUGCUUCCAAAUAUGAAAUUGAUGGGUUUCCAACAAUGAAGCUUUUUAUGCAUGGAGUCCCUGUGGACUACACUGGUCCAAGGAAAGCUGAGUUGCUUGUUCGUUUUCUAAAGAAGUUUGUUUCUCCUGAUGUUUCACUACUGGAGACUGAUUCUGUGAUCCAGAACUUUGUUGAAAUGGUUGGCACUGACUUCCCUGUGUUCAUUGGCUUUGGCUUGGAUGAAUCUGUUAUUCUUGAUGUCGCUCGUAAGUACAAGAAAAAAGCCUGGUUUUCUGUAGCAAAAGAUUUUUCAGAAGAGAUGAUGGUGGCAUAUGACUUUGACAAAGUUCCAGCAUUGGUAUCUCUUCAUCCGAAAUAUAAGGAACAAAGCGUGUUCUAUGGGCCUUUUGAAGGGGAUUUCUUGGAAGAUUUUAUAAGCCAAAACCAGUUGCCUCCUACGGUCCCCAUUAGAUUUGAAACAUUAAAGCUGAUGAAUGAUGACAAGAGGAAAAUUGUUCUUACUAUCAUGGAGGAUGAGUUAGAUGAGAAAUCACUCAAAUUGGUUAAAAUUUUGAGGUCUGCUGCAACUGCAAAUCGGGACUUGAUAUUUGGGUAUGUUGGGGUCAAGCAAUGGGGAGAUUUUGUUGAUGCAUUUGAUAUCACUAAGAGCUCAAAGCUACCAAAACUUCUUGUUUGGGAUGGAAAUGAGGAAUACCAUACAGUUGUAGAUUUAGAAGACCUAGAUGAUAAUGAUCAAGGAACCCAGAUUAGUCGUUUUCUUGAAGGAUAUAGAGAGGGAAGAACCAUAAAAAGGAAACUGAGCAGCCCUUCACCAUUUGGCUUUAUUAGCUCAUUAACCGGCAUAAGAACAGUCUACCUCAUUGUCUUUGUGGUUGCUGUUGUAAUGGUUAUUGUGCUCCUAUGCACUCGAAGCGCAGAUACUCCUCCAGUUUCUCAAGAUGGAGCCGAAGUCGCAGAAGCUAGCGUUUCACAGGCUAAAAGCAGCAGUAGUUAUCAGCCAGGGGACAAGGAAGACUGAGAUGUGACACUCUCAGAUUGUAUUGCUGCAGUUUUGUUUAGGUUAACUAAACUUUUGGUAAUUAAUAUUACUUCAAUCCAAGCAUCCCAUGUAAGAAAUUCAUCUUAGAAAUUCCUAGUUGGUUGCAUAAUUUAUUUAACUAUUGGAACCAGGAAUAAAUCGUUUUUAUCUUAA